AAGAGGUGUCGGAAGGAGAGCCAACCCGAGGACCCGAGUUUCUGGGGGGCCCGAGCCGUUAAAAAGUUGGUUUCUCCCUAAUAAGCUAGUCUAAGUACCACAAGAUCUAAUUUUGUGGUACUUAGAAGGAACACGUUGUAUUCUAGAAAUAUUUAAUUUAUUCUGCCGAUGCCAGUUUUAAAUAUAUCACGCUUGUUUCAACUGAUAGAGAUUUCGAAACCUCGCGCAAGGUGAAUCCAUUUCGGUCGCAAUAGAAAACCGGCUACAAACAUUGCGGUAUUGUCACCCUUUGAGUGGAAAGAUAAGUCAAAAUAAGAGCAGCCUUCGAGAAACUGAUAAGGUUGUGGAGUAUCAAGUGGCGACCCUUGAGAAUCUUAUCUUGGGUGAGCAGGGGGUCACAGUUGUGAUCGACCCGAGCUAAGUAAACAGAACGACUACUCCGUGUUUUGAUGAACGUCCGUGAGCAUGAGGACAGAACAGCUUCUGAGGCACGUAUUGCCCAUAUUGAAGUGCAACUUCGGUGUGCAGCAGCAGCAUGUCAGGUGUUUGGCAGCCACACAUACCCAUGACGACGUGUUGUCUUACUACUGCCGGAUGGUCGGCAAGGGCAAAUUGGUUCCCGACGAGAAUCAACUUAAAGUAGCCCAACUCCUCAGAGAUCUCCAAACGCAAUUGGAGAGGUAUGAGCCUGUAACUCCAGGCAUCUUGCAAAAGUGGUUCUCCAAAACAAAACCCAUACAGAAGCCACAAGGUCUCUACAUCUACGGUGCAGUCGGUCGCGGAAAGACAAUGUUGAUGGACCUCUUCUACGAGAGCACCCCCGUGGAGAAGAAGCAGCGCGAGCACUUCCACGAGUUCAUGCUGGACGUCCACUCUCGCAUUCACACCUGGAAGCAGCAGUCAGCCGAGCAGGGUUUGGGGCGCAAGUCUCCGCAGUACGACCCCAUCCCCCCCGUGGCACAGGCCAUCGGAGAACAGACGUGGCUUCUCUGUCUAGACGAGUUUCAGGUGACAGACAUUGGCGAUGCCAUGAUCCUCAAGCGCCUCUUCAAGUACCUCUUCGCAGCGGGAACAGUGGUCGUGUCUACUUCCAACAGGAAACCUGAAGACCUCUACAAGAACGGACUGCAACGUAGCAACUUCCUGCCAUUCAUCGACGUACUUAAGAGUAACUGCUUGCCUGUGGCCCUCGACUCUGGCAUCGACUACAGGCUUAAAAACAAGACUGGGAAGGAUUCCUUCUUCUUUGUGAUAGGAGAUUGUGAAGCUGACAAGGAACUGGACCGCAUCUUCAAAGUCCUCGCAAGCCAGGAAAAUGACAUCAUACGGCCACGCACGCUGACCAUCAAGGGCCACAACGUCUCGUUCAAGAAGACAUGCGGGCAGGUUCUCGACUGCAGCUUCGAAGAGCUCUGCGAUCGGGCGGUCGGCGCAGUCGACUACCUGGCCCUCAGUCACAUCUUUCACACGGUGAUCAUCCGCAAUGUCCCACAGAUGACACUCCGCGAAAAGACUCAAGCACGACGGUUCAUCACCCUGAUCGACACCUUCUACGAUAACAGAGUGCGGGUUGUGGUGUCUGCGGCGGUUCCGGCCAACCAGCUGUUCAAGACUGUCAGCGAUUACGGCAACUUGACGGAUGAGAACCGGAAACUGAUGGACGACCUUGGGAUCGAUGAUCAGAAUGCAAGCAUCUUCAGCGGAGAAGAAGAGAUAUUCGCAUUUGACCGAACAAUUUCGCGCUUGACAGAGAUGCAGACGGAAGAAUAUUGGAACCGGACUGUGCCUGACGAACCGGAAGAAGAGAGUCAGCAGGCGAAAGUUAAGGAGUGAGAUUUACAAAAUGCACACCGCACACUCAAAGGAUGUUAGUGGUUAUUACUUUUUAGAUUUUAGGUGUACAGCUGUAAUAAAUGGAAUAAAAUAUAUUUUUUGGAGGCCCACAACCAGUGUGCAAUAAAAGUAAUAAUGAUGGUGUU